GACGUAAUUGUUGUAGAGGGAUUCCAAGAUGGCUUCCCUGUUCGGACCGAACCCUUUCUCAACACCAGUAGGACAAAGAAUAGAUAAAGCCACAGAUGGGAAUUUGCCAUCCGAAGACUGGGCAGCGAAUAUUGAUAUAUGUGACAUAAUCAAUGAGACCGAGGAAGGUCCUAAAGAUGCUGCUAAAGCCAUCCGGAAGAGACUGGCUGGAAAUAAAAACUUUAAGAGUGUUCUCUUGACUUUGACGGUCCUUGAGACUUGUGUUAAAAAUUGUGGUCACAGAUUCCAUGUGCUUAUCGCUAAAAAGGAUUUCCUUGAUGAACUUGUAAAAAUUUUAGGUUCAAAGAAUAAUCCACCGCAGAUUGUCCAGGAUAAGAUACUCUCUCUUAUCCAAGACUGGGCCGAUGCCUUCCGUGGGUCUCCUGAACUGACUAAUGUGUUGGAGACUUAUGAAUCUCUCAGAGCACAAGGUUUGGAGUUCCCUGCCAAAAAUCUAGACACCUUGUCCCCUAUCUAUACACCACAAAGGACUCAACCAGAACGACCAGCCCCAGCACCAUCAAGGCCACCUCCCAUUCAGCCUCCUGUGCCACUGCCCUUCCAAUCUGUGCCUCCAAUGCAAGCACCUAGUGGUCCUGUGGUUCCCACACCUGAGCAGCUUGGAAAAAUACGCUCAGAACUUGACAUUGUGAAUGGAAAUAUUAAUGUCAUGUCAGAAAUGUUAACAGAAAUGACACCUGGACAGGAAGAAGCAGGAGAUUUGCAGCUCUUGCAGGAAUUGAACAGAACUUGUCGUUCCAUGCAGCAGCGAGUUCUCGAGCUGAUUGAGAGGGUAGCAAAUGAAGAAGUAGUUGGUAUGCUUUUGAGUGUCAAUGAUGAUCUCAACAAUGUGUUUAUUCGAUACGACCGAUAUGAGAGGUUCCGACAAGCAGUUCAGCAGCAGAGUCAGCCAUCAGAAGCUCCUCCCGCACCCCCACGACCUGCUCCAGUGGAGCCUCUACCUGUUCAGACUGGCAGGGCAACAACAGCCUGGCCAGAAAAUUCACACAGAUUGCCGGGUACAAUUGAACCAUCUCAACCACAACUUCCUGUGGCGAUACCAGCUCCAGCAGCAGCGGCACUGGUGGCACCAGUAGCACCAGCGGCACCAGCUUCAGCAGCGCCAGCACCAGCCGGGGGUGACUCGCUGAUUAGUUUUGAUGAUGACACACCAACUCCUUCCCAGGCUGCCUCAGUCAAUAGCGUGACCUCUCAAGUGCAAGCCAUGAAUAUGGGAACCACCUCUGCUGACCAGGAUGAUGAAGAAUUUGACAUGUUUGCUCAAUCAAGGAAAACUACUUUUGACGAAAGCAGGAAAGGCGGAUCUUCGUACACGGAUAACCUGCAGCCUUUUGAUCGCUCGAUUGGUAAUACCAUAUCUAUUCAAAAGACAGACUCAGAAGACACCCAAGCAGCCAAGACCGAGGAACGAAGUGCAAUGGAUGAUAUUGAGUCGUGGCUUGAUAUAACAGAGAAAGAUGUGGCUGAAGCCGCUGCUGGUCAACCAAAUGGUGACACCUUAAGUAGUUCAGAGUUCGACCAGUUUCUUGCAGACCGAGCCGCUGCAGGUGGUAUGCGGAGUGGUAGCGUCAAGGGAGGCAAUAAUCGCCCCAGACAGAGACAAAUGCAAAUGGAAAACCAGGCAGAUGAUGAAAUGUUCGGCUUAUGAGUCAGUUAUGAAGAUACUUUAUUCUUUCAGGUUACUACCUUGGUUUUGGAACGUUCUCCUACUGUAAAAAAAAAAAAACCUCUGCAUUCAAAUCAUGGAUGUCUGUUUUGUGACAAGAGUUUUAGUUGUUGACAUUUUUGUAAUUGAUUUACUGUAAUGGUACGCAACGUUUCAUUUAAUGAAAGAUUGCGUUAAAACACUACAAAGGACUGCGAAAUACGACUUAAAAGAAACAUGGUCGAAAUGAAAUGGACGUCAGUGGGAAGCAUGCAGAAUGAAGGACACGGGAAGUAAGAUUAUAAAUUUGGCGAAUCCGAUAGAUUAAAGUUCACACGGCAACCAGGUGGACAAUCAGACAUGGGUUGAUGCUAAUCUCUAAGCAAGAUUUAAUGAAUGUAACCAGGUCUAUGAAUUAUAAUUUCCCUGGCUACGUUCAUUAAAUAUUUAAACCAAAGUAGCAUCAAACCGAGUCUGGUGAAUACGACUUGGGAUGUCUUCCAGUUUCAGGUGGACAGAUUUGGCCACGUGACCCAUUUAGACCAAUCACGCGUCAGCAAAAAUAUUUUUGAUGGUUUUUUUUUAAGUAUAAUGAUACUGUAACAAGAAGGGAGGUGAAAACCAGUUUUGGGAAUACAAGAGAUGAUACGAGCACCGGGAGGCCAAAACUGCACUAAUCGUCAAGUUCAUUAAAUAUCAGAUCAAAAGUGAAAACAUGGCCUUAAUUAGAAUAGUUUUCAAGUUAUAUUCAUUGCAGCCUAUUUAAAGAAAGUAGAGAUCGUGAGGUAUGAUUCUUUUCUUUCACAAUUUUUGUUUGGUUUCGUCUCGUCUCGCGAUAGCGUUGCCUUACGCGUCACGCGACUCGCGAGGAGGGGACGCGUUAUAUUUCGUGACUAAACAACGCUUGUGAAAGAAAAUUCAGAGAUCGUCGGUCACAUUGUAGUAAUGAUCGUUCAGUGUUCAGUUUCAGUCCCUUUAAGAAUUGUGAGUACUGUACGAUAAGAUUAUAGACACAAACACUAAGAUUCUAACUGAUAGAACUUUUAUUUUAGAACGUGUUAUCAAAUCAGAAAGAAUUGGACUAUAUUAGAGUAAUAUUUAGGGCGUGAAGCGCAUGAUAAAUUGUAAUGAAAAUGUGCACGAGACAGCUUGUAUGAGAAUACGAAAGUAAAAAAACAUGUCCUUCUUGAGA